AACCAACCCCGCAUUUUAAACCACACAAAUCAGUCGAUAAAUAACAAAUAAUUACUUUCGCCAUUCAUUUUUGAUUCGCAAAUUAAAACAAACAAUCAAGUAGCGUAAAAUCAUUGUAACCAGUACGACAUCCAAGACUUAUCAUGACGCGACAUGCCCGUAACUCGACGGCAGGAGCAGUAUACACCCACUACGAGAAGCAAAAGGACUCUGCCUAUUCAGGCUAUGGCACCAACUCGGCCCGCCUAGGAAAGGACUCGGUCCGUUCUUUCGACUGCUGUUGUCUCUCCCUUCAACCCUGUCAUGACCCUGUCGUCACGACGGAUGGGUAUCUGUUCGACAAGGAGUCUGUGCUAGAGUACAUUAUCACCAAGAAAAAUGAAAAUAGUCGUAAAAUGAAAGAGUACGAGAAACAGAAACGGAUGCAGGAGAAUGAACAAGACCACAAAGUUCAGGAAGAAACAAGAGCAAAAGUUUCAAAAUUUGUUAAAAUGGAGAAGGAUAUCACUGUCAAAUCUACUUUCGAGACAAAAAAACCUGAACCCGGACCAUCAAUCUCAAACAUGGAUGAAGUACGAAAAGAAAAAGUUCCAAGUUUUUGGAUACCGUCCCAAACACCACAAGCUAAGAAGAGUGUUAUUGCAAAACCCGAUCAAACAGUUUAUUGUCCAAUGAGUGGAAAGCCUUUAAAAAUGAAGGACCUGAUUCCAGUAAAAUUUACCGAAAUUAAGGACGCGUCAGAUAAACGAUCCAUAAUGAUUAAAGACGCCCGGUACAUGUGCCCAGUUACGAGAGAUACACUGGGAAAUUCUCUACCAUGUGCAGUUAUCAAGCCAACUGGAGACGUUGUGACAAUGGAUUGUGUGGAGAGGAUCAUCAAGAAAGAUUGGCUACAUCCUCUCAAUGGUCAGAAACUGACGGAAAAGGAUAUCAUUCCAUUACAAAGGGGUGGGACUGGAUAUUCCAGUACAAAUACUAAUUUGGAAGCGAAACAAGCUCGGCCAGCUCUUCAAGUAUGAAUUCAUAGUACUUGAAUAUUUGUACGCACAUGCCAUGUUUUAUUUUGCUUUUUAUUUCUCCUAUGAUUAAUCACUAUUUAAAGGAAAUAUGGCGACAACGCAUUAUUGUAUCAAUUUGUGUUUCGUUAAUAAAGUUAUAGCUAUAGUAUACAAAAA